AUGAUGAGCAGCGAUUCCUUGCUUUGCUCCUUGAUCAUGCAGAUAACCAUGCAGUUUGAUUUGCUCGGUAGUCGACUCGCCGAAAUCGAAGGUAACGAUAAGAAAGAGAUAGGCAAUUGCGUGGAUAGACAUCGACAGUUGAUAGAUUUGUGCCGGGGGGUGGAAAAAAUCUAUUCUCGUGCCAUGUUGGGUAACGUGCUGCUGAGUUCCGUGAUCAUAUGCUGCACAGGGUUUCAAGUGUUCGCGCAGGAAAAAUUGAGCGACUCGAUCCCGCAAGGAUCGUUGCUGCUUUUGCACUUGGUGGAAGUUUAUAUGCUGUGCUACUUUGGGGAUCUUAUGAUGCGGAAGAGCCUUGAAGUAUCUGAUUGCGCCUAUAGAUCAUCAUGGUUCUCGACAAAUACAUCUUUUCAAAAAACAAUAUUGAUUAUAGUUGGACAAGGAAAACGGGCACACAAACUAACGGCGAUGAAGUUCGUUGAUAUAAACUUGGAAUGCUUUAUGGCAAUCAUUAAAACAUCUUAUUCUUAUUUUACUAUGCUAAACAUCCUUAACGAACCGAUGGAACAGUUGAAUUAA